CUGAAAAUAACUUAGUACAUCACCGUGACAAUAUCUUUGUUUACAAUCUAUAGUAUUAAAUUAUAACAUCCAUUUUCCAAAACAAAAAUUAGUCAAUACUUAUUUAUAUUCCAUACAUUAUUAAUACUUCAAAUAACUCAACUGAACAUUAACAACUAAAAAUGACAGAUAUCGAAAAAAAUACAAAUAAAUCAAAAUUUACCAAAUUACCGUCUUCUACGACCAUUGAACCGCAGACCUCGAAUGAAAAUUUUUCCAAAACAGAUAUAACAUCUGUAGAGUCACAUGAUCUAGUGGAUCAUCGCGAAGAAGUGGAGUUGGAAUGCAAGAAUUAUUUUGAAUCAGUUUUCAACUUAACGGAACCUUUAAAUGCAAAUAGUAUCGAUAACAACGAAAAAAACGACAGAAUACCAAAUGAUCUGACACUGACAAAGGAAAUGGUUAUAAGCGCCGUAGAAUGUUUUAUAACUGAAUUGAAUAACGAAAUCAAAGUGGAGUCUACAACUACUCUGCGGUCAGAGGUAGAGGAAACCCACAAAGAAGACGUCCAAACGAAUGUUACAGCUUUAAGAAGUGAAGUCACAAAUGAAAAUAGGUCCAAAAAUGUUAUAACAUCCAAAAUACUACAUGAUCUAGAGAAUCGACGAGAAGAAGGCAUGGAGUUGGAAUCGGAGAAUUUUAAAUCAAUUUUGAACCUAACGACACCGUUAUCUGCAAAUAAUAACACGGAAAACAUAAUAAAUGACGAUGAAAUACUAACGAAGGAUGGAGUUACGAGCGCCAUCGACAGUCUUUUGAUCGAUAUGAAUAACGACGUCAAAAUGGAGUUAAUAACUCCUCCGCGGACAGAGAUAAAAAGAACCCACCGAGAAGGCGUUCGGAUGAAUACUACAGCUUUAAGAAGAGAAAUGCAUAUCAAAAAGAGACUUCAAAAUAAUAAAAACAAAUAAAAAUUUUAAUUUUAAUUCUUAUGAUUGUGCCUGCAUCAUAUUACUAAUAAUUAUAAGCAGUUGUACCACAAAAUUUAUGUAGACGUUGCAUGUAAUAUCAUUGAAGUAUGUUCCACUUCCACAGCAGUUUUAUGCGACUAUGUGAGAAGAGAAAAUGUUGGGCCGAAUCCAUAGCUAAUAGUUGUUUAUAUAGAGUUAAAAUUGACAAACAUAUUAGUGACCGAGUUCCGGUGAAGUAUAAAUACGAUACAUGCAAACUUCCAAAUACAUAAGUCAUAAACCACAAAUUGAGAUAUUUGUUAAUUUUGUGUGGGUUAGUAUGAAUAACUGAAUUUUGGUUACUGAUUAUUCAAAAGGACACAUUUUAUAUCUAUAGUUAUCCAUAGUUUCUUUUUGAGGUAAACUUUUGAAAAAUAAAAUAUAAAUAAAAUAAGUACCAUAUAUACACUCAAUUUAAGAUAUUUAAAGGUUCUAAGUGAAACACUUUGUUUGGUUUUACUAUCCCCCCCCUCAAAAAAAAAAAAACAAAA